GCGCCCCUUCCGGUCCGGAGCCCGGUGCAUGCCGGGAUAGGCCUCCCGCCCCGCUGGUUGCCCGGCGAUGAUGGGGGCUCUCGGGCUCCGGCUCCUGCUCCUGCUGGUACCGGCGAGCGGUUCGGCGGCGCCCGCCUGGGACCCAGCCGGUUACCUGCUCUAUUGCCCCUGCAUGGGGAGAUUUGGGAACCAGGCGGAUCAUUUCCUGGGCUCCUUGGCGUUUGCCAAGACUCUGAAUCGUACCCUGGCUCUGCCUCCCUGGAUCGAGUACCGACACCACAGGCCUCCCUAUACUAAUCUGCAUGUUUCCUACAAGGAAUACUUCAAACUGGAACCUCUCUUAGAAUAUCACCGGGUUAUCAGCUUGGAGGACUUCAUGAAGAGAUUAGCACCCAUUCACUGGCCCCCUGGCAAGCGAGUGGCUUACUGCUUUGAAGCAGCAGCUCAGAGAAGCAGUGACAAAAGGACUUGUCCCAUGAAGGACGGAAAUCCCUUUGGUCCAUUUUGGGAUCAAUUCAACGUGGACUUCAAUAGGUCUGAGCUCUUCGGGGGCAUUUCUUUCAGUCUCUCUUACAAGGACCACUGGAUCCAAAGGUUUCCACCAUCAGAGCACCCUGUUCUUGCCCUACCUGGAGCUCCAGCCCAGUUUCCAGUCUUAGAGGAGCAUCGGCCUCUGCACAAGUAUGUUGUGUGGUCUGAUGAGAUGGCGCAGAAGGGAGAGGCCUAUAUUCAUUCUCUCCUGGUUAGACCCUAUGUAGGAAUUCAUCUGCGGAUCGGCUCUGACUGGAAGAAUGCAUGUAAUAUGCUGAAGGAUGGGACGGCUGGAUCACACUUCAUGGCUUCGCCACAGUGCGUAGGCUAUGACCGAAACAACGCUGUGCCUCUCACAAUGGACAUGUGCCUGCCAGACCUGAAGGAGAUCAAGCGUGCACUCGAGCUCUGGGUGAAGAAGGUGGAAGCUAAGUCUGUCUACAUUGCCACGGAUUCUGAGCCCUACACUACAGAAAUACAGCAGCUUUUCAAAGGAAAGAUCAAAGUGGUGAAUUUGCAGCCCGAAGUGGCCCAGAUAGAUUUGUAUAUCCUUGGCCAAUCUGACCAUUUUAUUGGGAACUGUGUCUCUUCAUUUACUGCCUUUGUGAAACGAGAACGUGAUGUGCAUGGGAGGCCCUCCUCAUUUUUUGGCAUGGACCACCCCCCAAGGCUGCGGGAUGAAUUCUGAUCAGGAGAGGAAGAGGCAGAUUUUGAUUGUUCUUAUAGCUCUGAACACUAAUGCACCGUCAGCAGACACACCAUGAUAAAAAUGUCAUCUUAGGACAUUCAAUUCCACUAUGACAGGCCUGUUCCCAUACCUUCAUCCUGGCCUCACAUUAAUCUUUGGAUUCAUUUCUGAUCACCUUCUCAGUAAUUCCAUGAUGCCAGCAUAAGAUCAGAAAUGGAAAAUGAAUUUUAAACCAUGGGGUGACCUCUUGUAGGAAACCUUCCAUUCUCAUUAUUUGGGACUUAUCAGACACCACAAUCAGAUAGCAGCUCAGAUUCCUCUCUCUUCAUUUCCCAUAUCUUACUGUUUCUCUUGCAAGUGCUGGGAAGCAUCUUGUGAUGCACCUUGGAUGACAGGUGCUCGAGAAGUGCAAACUAGUAUUACAAGGGAGUGUGGUCCAUGAAAAGGAACAUUGCCUAAAACUUAGAACUGAGCAUCAGAAGAUCUGAGUUUUAUUUCGAGGAUUGCUGCUGUCCGAUAUGGGCAAGUCACCUCCGUGCCUCAGUUUCCCAUCUGUAAAAUGGGUUUAAUACUUCUACCUCACAGGAGUGUUGCGACUAAAUUUAAUAAUGUCUGUAAAUUACUUUGAGCUUUCCAAAGGGUGCUGCAGAAGUAUGGUGAAGUUAUAUCAUAAUGACGCAGUUGUCUGUUUAGUACCAGCGCUGACCAGGGCACACAGAACACUGAUGGGGCAUUCUCCCUUAGCUUGUCAUGGGCUGGCGUUUUAUGAUUUCAUAGCUAUUGUCUCUUGCUCUGAGAGGGGGAUCAUGACAUUCGGUCACAGGGAUCUGUGGAGAUCAGUAAAUAUUAGAAGCUAAUAUUUUUAAAUGGAACUGAAAUUUUAAAAUAACCUCAAUGAAGCAUUAGGAGGCGGUAUGGUGGGCUUUUAUCCCAGGUAGGUUUGUGCUAAGGGUUUUUCUGCAUUUUCUCACAAAGAGCCUUCUCCACUGACAGCAAAAUUUUGACCAGUACAGUUUAAUUGUGCAUGGGUGACUGUGAUAACCCACAUCAUUAUCCCUGCAUAGAACAGUCUUGUUACUCCUGUGGCUAUUGGUAAAUGAUUGAGUUUUGCACUCACUCCCUUUUCGAUACGGAUGAGUUAUACAGCGAGGGCAUCUUCUCCUGACGUGCUCUUUGCAUCUGGGGAACUUGCUCAUAUCUGAGCAUUUUUCUUUGGUGUUCCUGUGCCUUAUAGCGAAUGUCAGAGGAGUUGAGGCCCAUGUUAAAUUGGAAGCUAACUAAGGUGUUGUGUCAAUAUACACUAGCCUCGUGCUUUUCAGUGCUAAUCUCAAAAAUGUCAGAUUUGGUCAUUUCAGUGGUGCUAACUGUGAGCAGGUUUUAGUCUAGCUGAGAAUUUGUGUAACUGUGGAAGCUCAUAAACAUAAGCAGUUUAGAUUCAUCAGUAUUUUCCUCCAAUUUAUGGUGGUAUUGAAAGAUGCAAUCAAAGUCUGCAUUGAUUAGGAAUGGCUAAUGAUUGAGACUGAUUACUGAGAUUUGCAAAAUAUCUUGGUUUAGAAGACGUAUUUUGACUUGAGGAGCAUUGGAAAGAGAAUAUUUUUUGUAUCUUUUUCAUAAUAAAACACAAUGAAAUUUA